UCGAAGUAUCCGGGCUCCAGUUCAAUUUUAAAUGACAUGUCACAUAACUUCCGGUACUAUUAAUAUUUUCCGGUGAACGAAACCAUGCUGCCCCCCGGUGCGGCAGCUUGGGACAGCUUUUGUUUCGUUAGUUCUUGAAUCUUGACGAGAGCUGUUACUUUCUAAUUUCUAUUUUCAUCCACAAUUUAUAGUUUGUUUCUGCUCCUUCGAAAGUGGUAGUAUCACUGUUUUGUUGACUUUACAAUCAACUCCAGGAGUUGUGAACGCCAUGUCCGAUUCGGCGACUGUGUUGCCGUCGGCGGAGGAUACUAAUGAUCAGGUUGAUCAGGGAAGCGGAGAAGAAGCACAAGCGCGUACCUGCGUUUCGCCAAGCGACGCUGCCGUCGACCGAGCAGGCGGAGCAGCUCACAGCGAUUGCGGCUCCUCGUCCGCCAAAUCGUCCCCUGACACCAGCCAUUUGAAGAACAAGCCCCAACAGACUGUUGUCGAGGAGGAGAAAGUACUGGGACACAACUGGGGAUUGGCGAAGCACGUGCAGAAUGUAUCCGCAGAUAUGGAGAAAUUCUGUGGCGCGUUGAAGAGACCCGACUUCAGGGCGAAGAAGCUGAACAUCAGCAUCCGCGACAAGAUCGUCGUGCGGGCUUCCAGAAUUGCGGACCACGUGCUGGUCAUGGGCACUGUCGACUUCAUGCUGGAUCCGCUGCCGUGUCCCUACGCGGAGCAGACGGAGGCCUGCAAAGCCUUCCGCGCGUCGGCCCCGUCCUUUCUGAAGGCGCACCUGCAGGCCAAGCACGACCUGCGCAACGUCAUCCUGAACUUUGUGUGUCCCUGUCCGGCCAAGUUCAACGGGAAGAAGAGCUGCCCGGUGGUGCGCUUCGAUCCUGGCGAAGGACACAUGCACGAGCAUCUGGAGAAGUACCACCGGAAGUACUACGACGCGGUGACGAAUGCCCUGGUGGCGGCUGACGAAGACGAUGCGCAGCUCAUGCAGAAACACGAGAGGUUUAUGCGGCGCACCCGCCGCCUGUUCUUCCCGGGCUGGACGCGCCGCAAGGAGGAGCUCUUCCCCAGCCAGAUCAUCCCGGACAAGGUCGUCAUUCCCACGAAAAUCAGCGAGGAGGGCGAAAUCAUGUACAUCUGCAACAUUGACCCCUGCCGCCGACGCAAGUUCCGCCCUCCGCACGCGGCUGCCGGCGUGCACGCCCACGUGUGGACGGAGCAUCAGUCCCGGUUGGAUCUGCGCACCAGUCUGUACCACCAAUGCCCGGCGGCGAAAUGCCGGGAAACGGUGCGUGGCUGUGCGCGACAGCUGGAAUCCCACGUCAAGGCCGUGCACCCCGAGCUGCUGGGACCGCGGACGGAUUACUCGGAGGCGGCCAAGAAGAAGCGGAAGGAUCUGGAGGACAGCAUCCCUGCCGCCUGCAUCGGAGAGGCCCUUGCCAACGAUCCGCAAGCUGACGAGGGCGGCCAGCUGUUUCUGCAGCGUUACACAUGUCCUGUCAAGAAGUGCGACAAAGUCUUCCUGGGUCUGGCUGAGUCGGCGCGGAAGUACAUGGUCUGGCACGUGGGCGCUGACCACGAGGCCGACUGGAACGUCCAGGAGUCCCCAGUCACUUGAUGGCGGCGGCGCGGCGGAGUGACCAGUCUCAGCCACGCGCAUUGACGCUGUUUUGGCUCAUCUGUGCUUCCACAUGAACAACGUUCCUAGUCCUACUAGCGAAUCUGUCUCCCGGCCUGGAAAUGGAUGUGCCGAAUUUCUUUUCCUAUAGUUUGUCAAUGGUAUUUUUCUGUUUCUUCAUUUACGAGCUGCGACAGACUGUCCGCCCUUUCCCUGUUCGCAACCCUUUCAAUUUCUCACGGUCCACUGAAUCCACGGACGGCGUCUGCAUUUCUUUUGUUGUCCUUGUAGAUUCUUUCUGCUGUC